AUGUUUCAAGAAUUCUUAUUUUAUUUUAUAUUAUCAUUAUUGAUAGUAAAUAUUAAUGUAAAUGCUAUUGGCGAAAAUCCUUGGGAUAUUCAAAAUUUUGCUGAAAUUAUUAGUGGUAUCGGCCAAAUGAUUCAAAAUCCAGCAGAAACUGUUGAUGUUCCUUCAGCCCUUAUUAUGGGCAAAUGGUUGGAUUUUUUAAUUAACUAA